UUUUUUUUCCCAUUUAUUACUCGUCCAACUUAAUGACGUUACAAAUAGAACGAUCACCCUCACUAUCCCUACGCUCCUACUCGUGCUUUCUCGCGUGAGUCUUAAGCAGCCAAACCGAUUCAAAGAGAGAGAGAGAGAGAGAGAGGGCAAAGCCAAACCCCAACCCCAACCCCUGCCAACGCCCACCCUCACCUUCGUCAUCUUCAUCUUCAUCUUCAUCAUCAUCCAUCGAUGGAUCCAGACGCAGUAGCGAAGGCGUUCGUGGAGCACUACUACACGACCUUCGACGCGAACCGAGCGAACCUGGCCAACCUAUAUCAGGAAGCGUCGAUGCUGACCUUCGAGGGCCAGAAGAUCCAGGGCUCUACCAACAUCGUUGCCAAGCUCACCUCCCUCCCCUUCCAGCAGUGCCAGCACAGCAUAACCACCGUCGAUUGCCAGCCCUCCGGCCCCGCCGGCGGCAUGCUUGUCUUUGUCAGUGGCAACCUCCAGCUCGCCGGCGAACAACACGCCCUCAAGUUCAGUCAGUUCUUGUGGACUUGCUGCUUUAAGCUAUAUUUGCUUGGAACAUGGGCUGGCGACUUGAGUGGAACUAUCACAAUGCUCAUUAUGUUUAGAAAACCAAGCUAGGUUGACAAAGGUGCUCCCAUCUGGUGCUGAAAAUAUUUGAACAUGUUACAUGAAGCGAGAGUGGUAGCUGGAGUGGAAUGUAAACAAGUCAAACACUAGAAGUUUCUAUUCCUCCUUUCUGUCACUUUCAUUUUUCUGCAGGCAAUAUGGUGAUUUUAGUUGCCCAAGCACUCUUGGAUUGUGAUAAAGAUAACAUAAGAUCUUCACACAAUGAGAAGGCAUGUUCAAGUAAAAAUUGGCAUAAUAUGUUGGUUUUCUCAGUUUCUCCAUCUACCUGUCGUUAAUAGUGUUCUCUUGCAAUAAUAAUACUAAUAAGGUUAGGUCAUUCCUUUGGUGAGAUAUUGUGUGGUUGGAUAUGUUUUUCCUGCAUGUUUGAGGAUAUGGCGCUUAAAUUUUAGUUGUCGUUUUUAUAACUUUAGCCUAGUUUCUUUCUUAAAACAUUUGUUUUUCGCCUAUAAUCAUUUAGUGCUCUUUGGUGCUGUGACAUCAUAUAGCGACGUGCCCAUAAUGCCAUGUGAUUGGAUCCCUUUUAUCUUAACAUGUUCUGUGGGUUUCUUUCUUGAAAUCUAAACUUUAUAGUGAAUAACAUCUCAGAGUCGUUUGCUUUCUCACGAAUAAUAAGCGUGUGUUUUGGUGCUGCUGCAUCAGAGUGGUGUGCCCCAUGACGCCAUGUGAUUGAAUCCCCCCACCAGGCAAAAAAAAAUUCACAUUAAGGAAAUACUAGUUUUUAGUUCCUCUCAAUCCAAACUUCAUUCUUUAAUGUUUUUUUUUCUUAAAUUUGUGUUUUUAUGGGCACUGGUUCCAGCUUUUGACAAGCCCAAUCGUGCCAAACACACCUUUGGUUGCUAUUGGCUGUGCCUCUGCUUUUGUUCUCGUUUUACAGCUAGCUGACUUAACCUUGGUAGUUGCUGUACUUAUUUGAUGCAUUGAGCCCACGUGUUUGCAGUUGGUCUUGGUUUUUCUGCCUUUCUUUUCCCCACUUACGGUGGUGUGUUGCUUGUCUGGAAUUGUAGAUGUUCCAUUUGAUGCCAACCCCGCAGGGAAGCUUUUAUGUGUUGAAUGACAUAUUCCGGUUGAACUAUGCAUGAAGAUUUCAUUCGAGUUGGGACACCGCAAGCCACCUAUUUCAAAAGGAGGUUGGGGGAGACGAAUACAGCGUGUUUGGCUUCAAAGUCAGUUUGCUUUUUAAUCUCGGUUCGGUUUCAGACUUUUCAAUUUAAAACUGGGGAUUCUUUUUCUUCUAGGUUUUUGGUUGGCUAUGUUGCAUCCUGUUCUAUUGUGCCCUUUUUAAAAUCUCUGGCUUGCAUGAUUCAGAGAUUUAUUUGUUGCGAGUGGUUGGAUGAAUGGAUGAAAAGGUACAAUUGUAUGUUCGGGGAAUUAUUGGACAAUCUCCUGAAUGAAUUGGGUAUUGGGAAUUUUUUGAGUCUUUUUUCCCCCUUUGAAAAACAGAAUUAUAGGUGUAUAGCCCUACAUGAUUCAAUGAACGAGGGCUGUUGGUCUUUGGUUUCUGUUUAA